GUUAGUUUACUAUUUCAGGUGAGUUCCCCGCUCAGUGUAUGAACGAGUGUCUUUGCUGGGACAGUAUAUAUCGAUAUAUAUACUGUACAGUAGUUCUGGUACAGCAGUAACAAUAAAUUUGUUGUACAAUUUUACUCUGCAAUCAUAGAACACCUAAGAUACCCUUAGGACGACAGGAAGAAUUUAGCUUAAAACUGCCUUCACUGUUCUCACAUACAUGACGCAACAUUAUUCUCUCUAACGUAAAUUUCUCUUUGUAUAAGUGUGUGUGUGUGUAAUCAUAAUGUAGUGCACACCAGUGGACGGCAACGCGACCGCUUCCCAACAUGACGUAACAAAUUGAACGCAUAUAGACGCCCACGAGUUUCAUUUAUUUUCUUACUGAAUAGUUGAUUGCAGUUGUGGAAUUAUAAACGUGUGAAGCCAUGCCCAGUAAUUGUGCAGUAUAUAGUUGCUACUCAAAGGGAAUAUUACUUUUCACAAGUUCACAAGAAUGAAGAGGUGAAAAGGGGAUGGGUUUACCUCUGCAGUAGUCAAGAUUCCAUUAAUGUUAACAGAGCAAUAAUAUGUAGCGUGCAUUUUGAACGUAGUGAGUUUGAGAUAUUAUAUAUGAGCUACUCGGUCAAUCAAUACUGAAACGUCUACUAAGAAUUAAGGAAGGAUCAUUCUCAACACUGCAGUUACCUACACACACCAGGUGGAAAGACACUGUAGCUGAGCUGGCCUAUCGCAUCUCAGAGACUGCAAACUGUCUUUAUGUUUUUGUUAAGAGACUUCAUCGGUGAGGCUUGCUGUCGUUCUGUGUUAACAACUCAGAGAAUUAAUGUCCAUACCCAAGAAACGCCAUUACAAUGGGCAUCAGGACACCAUGGUCGAGGCUUCUCACCGCACCUCUCCUGACAUCAUGGACGUCACCUACGACGAAGUCUCAUAUGAUAGUUAUUUAAGUGGGGUUCUAAAUGAUUUCGGCAUCCAGUUCAGCCCUGGACGCUCAAGCAUUGUGGAAAUCCCCGAGGAUGACUUUGAGCCACUGUCUAAAGAUGAGAACGUAUCUUCACCUGGAGGAGCACCGUCGCCUUCGGAUCUUGACCCCAGUGACCUGAACAGAGAGCAAUUCUCUUCUGGCUCAGGCGCGACGUUCUUACCCCUUGAGUACAAUGGACAGUUUGAAGAGAGUCAGGCGCCAUCCCAGAGCUCUGUCUCUUCUGCUGGUAAAAAACUUCGCCAGAAGAAGCCUAAAGUGUAUGACAGCCUCCCCUUCGAGGAUGAAGAAAUGGAAAGAAAAAGACUAAAUGCCAUCACUGCAAAGAAAAACCGCGACACGAAGAAAAUGUACAUGCGGACUCUGGAGCAAACACUUAAGUCCAUGAAGACGAUCAACAAGCAAUGUCAUAAAGCCUUGAAAAAAACCGGCACUGAUGUGGGAAUGCUGCACCAAAAGAUAAGACACCUGGAAGAGACUCUAGAAAGGAGCACCUCCCAGAUCAGGGAAAAUAAUAUGGAGAUUAGGAGGAAGAGGGAGAGGAUGAACUUGUUGAUGGCUCACCUGGAUAUCAUCAUUAGUGGCUUCGAUGAUCAUAAUCCUGCCAAGCGCAUCAUUACCACACUCCUCAAGACAUUCCAGACAGAAGACUCCUCUGAUGAAUUCCAAAAAGAGGACUCCUCUUAUACCUCGUCGAGGGAAAACUCCUGGUACACCUGAUACAGUACCUGCUAAUGUCUACCUUUUCCCAGUCUGCCUUACAAACGAGAGUAGUGAAGAACGGUACUGUUUAUUUACUAUAUUUGGGAAAACUCCACAGCAAACACUGACAUAGCUGAAUCAUAUUGUAUCAUCUGGAUCAAAAUACAAUUCCCGUGAGGUGAUAGACUUACGUUCCUAGUGUUUGGUUCACUGCAGUCACGCGUCCAGCUUUGAUUGUCAGUCGCGUAUUUGACCUGGGAGAGAAUCCUAUACGUCGGUCAUUGAUCUGUAAACUCUCAGUGAUCUGUAAACAAUGAGUGAUGUGUAAACAAUCAGUGAUCUUGAAUAUUUGGAUAAAGACCUCACGGGUGAAUGGCAUGGAGUCCUAGUAGAAAUUGUGAUACUUGUAAUUAUCACCUCAAGGAUAAAUCAAAGAGAAAAUAAUCAUAAAAUUAUUAUGUUUUAUUAAGUGAAUAACUGAUAGUUGAUUAAGAAAAAUGUGUGUACGGAUAUAUAAAUGUUAACAAAAAUAUAGCAUGAGGAAUCAGUAUUUCUCAUCUAAUGGCAAACCCAGUACUAACAGCCGAUCCUUCCACCACCACCAGUACUACAGCCGAGUCUUUCACCACCAACAGUACUACAGCUAGUCUUUCACCACCAUCAGUACUACAGCCGAUCCUUCCACCACCACCAGUACUACAGCCGAGUCUUUCACCACCAACAGUACUACAGCUAGUCUUUCACCACCAUCAGUACUACAGCCGAUCCUUCCACCACCACCAGUACUACAGCCGAGUCUUUCACCACCGCCAGUGCUACAGCCGAGUCUUUCACCACCGCCAGUGCUACAGCCGAGUCUUUCACCACCACCAGUACUACAGCCGAGUCUUUCACCACCACCAGUGCUACAGCCGAGUCUUUCACCACCACCAGUACUACAGCCGAGUCUUUCACCACCACCAGUUCUACAGCCGAUCCUUCCACCACCAGUACUACAGCCGAGUCUUUCACCACCACCAGUGCUACAGCCGAGUUUUCCACCACCACAAAUACUACAGCCGAGUCUUUCACCACCACCUGUACUACAGCCGGGUCCUAUUCAUGCUCUCUCCCAAAAACCAUAAAAAGCUUAUAUUAGGUUCCAGAGGUGUUGCUCACAGUGCCAUUAUGUCUGUCCGGCCCCCACCUCUCUCUCUCUCUCUCUCUCUCUCUCUCUAACUAACAAUUUUCUAAAUUGAAAAUUUUAAAAUUCGAAGAUAUUCACACUUACUACUGUGCCUUAUUUGUUCACAAAUCUGUCAAUCACUGAAGGCACCCAGAGCUAUUAAGACCACGCCCCAUGAACUCCUCAGUCCCAGACCUCCAUAAAAUAUCAUGGUGGGAAGAAGUGGAACAACUUACCCCCACCCAUCCGAGCAAACACUACGCUCCCUUCCUUUAAAUCAUCUCUUAAUAAAUAUUGUGUAAGUAUUAAUGUUUUUGCAAUAACUAAUUUAUAUACCUACUUUUCUUGUGUCACCAAAACCAUUAUAUCCUAAAUUGUCAUGUAGAUAGAUAGAAAUUACCUGGGCAAUAAAUAUACUGUAUAGUUACCGUCAAUACAUGAUACUGACAGCUCUGCCCUCUUGUUUCACCGUAAUACAGCCCAUGUUGUACUGCUUACCUCCCUUAUCAUAUUAAUGUAUAUCAAUUCCACUGUAAACUAUGUAUAUAAUUAUAAAUGUUAAACAAAAUAAAUAAAAUAAAUAAAUAACGAAAUGAUAACCGUGGUAACAUUCUGAUAUGUUCUUAUUACCACCAUGUUAUGUGUACUAUUCCAGUUGUUACUAAAUGUUACGUAAUACUUCCUUGAGAUAAAUGUACAGUAUAUAUCAGGUACCUACAAGAGAGUUCAGAUUCUCAGUUGACUCAACCAUGUUAAUAUUACUAUUUUUUUUAUCGACUCCGUAUCUGUGUGUCUCUGGAUAAAUAAACUGUUACAAUGCAAUAUCACGAGUUACGACAGUCCCCAGAUUACGGUUUUAGAUAUAAGAUUGACGAUGAUGAUGAGUAUGAUGGUAAUAAUAAUGAUGAGAAUGAUGUUGAUAAUGAUGAUAAGUAUGAUGGUAAUGAUGAUAAUGAUGAUCAAACCUCCCAAGUGAAGGCUCAUGAGAGACUAUCUGCUGCUUUUGCCAUCCCAGAAAUUAACACAAUCUGAGCCAUCUUAACGGGAAUAGUGUGUUCCAAUCGUUUAUUUAAGUACUCGUGUUUGCUUUUGGAGCCUAAAUUGAUAUUGUUUAUAUCCCUAGGAGCCUUAGUUGAUAUUGUUUAUGACCUAAUUUGUACAGUCCUUUUUUACAUAAAUGAUAAACCUGUUUUUAAAUGUG